CAUACGACAAGACUUCAAACUGCUAUAGAUAUAUAAAUUCAUCUUAAAAGCAGCAGGUAAAAAAGCCUAAAAGCUUUGUCUAAUGAUGUUAUGAGGAACAAAAAUAUAAUGAAUUAGUGCAACGUAUACGUCAUUAUAACACAACAAUGGGAUUUUGAGAUUUAUAUAUUACUGCUGGACUUUACAUCGACAGUAUAGAACAUCUACGGUAUGUAUAAGAAUUGCAGCUCAAAUGUCUUCACACUUUGACGACAUGAAGACACUGAUGGCCCUGCCCUAAUGUCUAACUUCCUCUGACUUCCUUUACUGACAGCGGCGCAUUUAUUUUCAGUGUACACUAGUAAGGAAGUGCAGCCGUUCGCUCGUGCUCACACACACACGCAGUAAGUUAGUGUUUUAGUGAGUCUUUUAUAGAUUAGAGAUGCUUCAGCGUUCUUCUGAGAAAAUGGAAAUUGUGGUGGAUAUCUAUGAGAGUGCAGACGCUGUUAAAGGUCAUGACCCCAACCUCGAAAGCCAAGACACAAGGAAGGACCUAGACACAGAUCACAGAGGAGACACUGCAUGGAGCAGGUGUUACAGAGUGACUGCAGUGUGUGUGGUGCUGCUGUGUGUUCUCCUGCUGACUGCCGUCACGGUGCUGUGGAUCAAGUUCACCAACCUGAAUACAGAAAACAACCAGUUACAGACCAGUUACAACAACCUGACUAUAGAGAGAGACCAGUUACAGAAGGUUAGAGAGGAACUCCAGAAGCUUUCUAAACAGGGAUUGACUUAUUUUAGCUCCAGUGUUUACUACAUCUCUAUUGAGAAGAAGAGCUGGACUGAGAGCAGAAAGGAUUGCAGAGAGAGAGGAGCAGACCUGGUGAUCAUAAACAACAAAGAGGAACAGGAGUUCAUCAGUAAAAUCCUGAGAAGAAACUCUUGGAUUGGACUGAGUGACAGAGACACAGAGGGCAAGUGGAAGUGGGUGGACGGUACACCGCUGAACACUGGGUUCUGGGGAAAAGGAGAACCCAACAGUUAUGCAGGAGAUGAGGACUGUGUUGUAAUUCAUGAUCACACUGAUCCUGUCUGGAACUGGUCUGAUUAUCCCUGUCAUUAUCAGAUCAUUUGGAUCUGUGAGAAGACAGUCGUUAUCUGAAUUACUGCAUGUGAUUGAAAAGCAGUAAAUAAGUUGAUAUUUUUAUCUGUGUAGGUCAGUGUGUUGUGUCUGAAAAAUCCUCAUUACUGUUAAUAACUCUGUCACCACCAUGAUGUCACCUGAUUUUCUUUCUGAACCGAUUUUCCAUGCUGUGUUUUUUUUUAAUGAACAUGCAAAAUAACAGUGUGUGCUCGCUCCAGUGCUAUUCUGUUACCUGUUGAAUAAUGAGUCAUACUGUUAAAUUAAGCCGAAUCAAGCAGUGAUUAAUAAUAUAUUGGAAAUAUACUAAGUUCCUAUCAGAUGUUAAUUAGGUUUCUGAACUUGGUAACAGACUAAUUGAUGUUUGUUUGUUUUUUAGAGAAACUCUUGAAAAUAAUGUAUAAAAGUCUGUGAUCUUACAGUUUUGCAUGUGUCUGGUUUUAAAGGAGUGUUUAUUAAAGCAGCAUCAGUUAGAACACAUGAGUGAAAAUGAAGAUUUUCACAGGUUGUGUUAUACACAAGAGUUUGCUGACUCACUGCCACAAAAAAAAAACAGACUUUAUAAAGUCAUGAUGAGACAGAGGGAACAAAAAGACUCUUUUAGAUUCACUCUGUCAGUCGUGUAUUCUAGCUGUGAAAAUAACCUUUAUACCGCAAUAAUGUGUAGGAAGGGCAGCAUGCAUUUUUUUUUAGCCCCCACAUAAUCUAGGUUCACCUGGUUAAAUGCACACCUAUUUCACAGCAUGUGAUCUAAUUCAUAUGAUUAACGUGGUCCUAUUUAUACAAUGAGACCGUGUCUUGCAGUGAAGAGAGCCGGGCUCAGCAGCACCCAAAGCCGAAAAGUGUUCGUUUCUGUUGGGUUCUGUUACUUUUGAGUCGAUGAUUCCUUUACUAAGGAGAGCCUUGAUCUGUUCCGCCGAAAACCAGUCAGUCUAAGACAGGGGUGUCCAGUCUAAUCCGGAAAGGGCCGGUGUGAGUGCAGGUUUUCGUUCCAACCAAGCAGGAGCCACACCUGAGU